GCAGUGUGGAGGCAGCACGUCACGAGGGCAUCACACUGCACUCUACUCCGUAUCCGGGAGGGCAACUAAAGACAAGAAAGAUACCUUGGGCAGGACAAGGUUUGCAUGGCCCACAAAGUACCCGCCAUCCCAUCCGAGCGUCCAAGCACGCGGGCGGGCUGCGACGGGUCUGCUCUCCCUCUCUAUCUUGCAUAAGGUGGUCGCAUGUCAUUGAUUCACCGAAGUGGCCGCGUCGUCGACACCCCAGUCUUCAGCCUGAUUCCUCCUCUUCCGUCCUCGGUCCUUCACACCCUCCCUGACCCCCUCGGUUGGUUUCAACCUCUCUCUCUCUCUCUCUCCUUUUUCCUAGUUGUACUUGCAUCCUUUUCGCUCUUUUCUCAUUUGAUCCUUUGGGCGGGCAGCCAAGGUCAGGUAGAUCAGAUCAGGGAGACCUCGGCAAUUCGAGACCAACAACUCGACGACUCGACGACUCGACCCAGACGAACCACCGAUAUUCAGUCGAUCCUCUCCAGAUCUAAAGUUCAAAGCCGAAUUAAGAUGCCUGUUCCAUUAGCGGCCAAAGCUGGCGUGAUCGCCGUCAGCGUGGCCGUGGCCGCCGCCAUCGCCAUCUACGAGUCACCCGAACUCCAGCGCAUGGCCACAGACCUGCGCCGCCGCAUCGCCCUCGCACUGCACUCCCUCGGCGACGGCAUAGGCCCCGAGGCCGGGGGCGCCACCUCCCGCGAGCCGCUGUUCAACAGGCCCGAGGACGCCGAGGGCUUCCUCCAGUCCGGCGACGUCGACGCUGACGAAGACUCCCGCAAGCGCCAGCGCGAGGAGCUGCUCUACUGGAACGCCGUCAAGCUGAGCCAGGAGCUGGAGAAGCAGACGGCCGAGAACGAGAAGCUCAAGGAGAGCGGGGCCCUGGAGCGCUCGGGCACCACGUUCGACGACUUCCUGCAGAAGGACGAGACCAGCAACGAGAAGGGCACCUACGUCUUCAACACGGGCGCCGACGUGCGGAACAAUGACGACGGUCUCGUGAGGAGGCGCGGGGCGUCCGAGGGCGUUCGGGGCCUCAACUCGUCCAUCUACGCCAACCCCUUCGCCGACGAGCACGGGAUCGACUACAACGAGAUGGAGGACAGCGAGAUCGCCCCCGAGAAGGACGAGGUCAUGUCCACCGACGACAUCUACACCGCCUCCCCCAGGCCCGCCGACAGCAUCCUGUCGCGGACACUGUCUCCCGCCCACGACGCCAUGCCAGAACUGAUCCCCGCCGCCGAGCCACCACGCGCCGUACAAGAGCUGCUCUUCGACGCCACACAGCCCGACUCCCCCUCGGCCUCCACCCCGCGCGACUCCGCCUCGGAGGCCGAGCUCGGCCAGGACGAGUACAUGACGGCCGGCCAGUCCGACCGGGAGGGCGAGCACGACGCCUACGCCUCGAUCCAGGCGUGGGCCGAGCAGCAGCAGCAGGCGCAGAUGCAGAACCACGAGUCGAGCCGCGACUUCUACUCGCCCCUGCCCGUGACGCCCGCCGCGCCCCUCAGCGAGAUGUCCGACGGCGAGCUGGUCAGCGAGGGCCAGCUGACGCCCACCGACUCGGCGUCGGUCGCCGGCUCCGGCUUCGACGUCGCCAACGAGAUCGCCGCGUCCCAGAACGGCUCCUCCAAGUACUACGACGUGCUGAGUGAGGACGAGGACGGCAUCCCCACCCCGGCUCACAGCUGGACCGAGGUCGGCAGCGUUGUUAGCGAGAGCGAGGACGGCCACAGGCCAGCGGCGCGCUCGUAGCGUGUGAGAGAUGCCUCUCCUGGGGUUUUGCUUUGAUUGAGAUUAGUUUUUCAUUGGAAGUUCACUUGCUAGUUUACGGAGUUUUGCCGGUUGGUUUCCAGGGUCACCAGGGAAGGGAUUACUGUUCGGCUCGGCGUCAGGGGGAAAAUGCACACACGUCUUUCGGGUUUAAGAGUCUCCUAUAAUGCGUAGACAACACUUCUCAGGGGUACACCGAGGAAUAAAAUAUGUUUUAAAUUAUCCUCUACUGCAAUCCGAAACCUAUAAGAGGAGCAGAGUUUGGUUUCCUCAAUCCCAGCUUGGACCGCAGGCUACUCCAGUGGCCAGGACUACUCGUGAGGAUCUGCUCCAAUUCACAAGCAAACAUGGCCAUCAUUAAGUCUACUAAGCGGAGUGCUCCAAAACGAUCACCUUUAGUAGCCCUUACCAUCAUGUCUAUGGCUCGUGAUUCUGCACGGUCACCGCCCUGGGUCUACAGGCUCCUACUGUACUCAUAAAUCCGGGGUUCGAUCAACUUACACGCACGCGCUCACUCUCAUGACGGAGGGAGAGGCGGCAACGGCAACUAGUCGCGGCCGCCCUUCUUCAGCGUCUUGAGGUAUUCCUCCCACAGGACGUCGACCUCGUGGCCGAACAACCCCGUCCAGAACUCCGACUCCUUAUACUCGCGCACCUGUUUAGUUUUUCCGAGUUAGUUUACCGUCACUGAAAAGGGAGAUCCCAAUAUAUGGAUGGCAGACGCGCGGCGUUUGUUCCAGCCAGAGCUUUCAGCCCGC